CAUUGCCAAACUGAAAGAGAAGAUUUUAACCUUAAACUUUUGACAAUUAAAAAUUUUGGUUUUGUUAGUUGAAAGUUGAAAACAUUUAAAAAACAAUAAAAUGGCAUUUCCACAACUUCAGAUUGAUAAAAUUUGUAGAACUUGUUUAUCAGAAGAGAAUCUGUCGCGAUCUCUAUUCACUCUUGAUGAAUCUAUUGCUGAAAAUCUACCAUUAGUGGAGAUGUUGAUGUCUUUUACUUCAUUGCAGGUAAUAAUGGACGACAACUUACCCCACCAAGUCUGUAUUCAAUGUGCCUACUACAUUCAGAGGGUUUUUUCCUUCAAGCAAAUGUGCGAAAGGUCUGAAACUGUACUUAGAGGCAUGAUUAACAGUCAAAUACAAAGAGAUUUCUUGGAACUGAAACCUUUAUUAACUGCUAACUCUGUAUCACCUGCUUGUACGGAUACUUUACUGGAAAGCCAGAAUCCAACUGUUAGUGAAUUAAAGUCGGAUCUGACAUUAUCGAAUUCUGUUUCAGAAAACAUAGUUAGCGAAGUUAUCUCAUCUAGUAAUGAAGCACUUAAAAGUGUAGAAUCAAUUCAAUCUUAUUUAGAAACUGUUGGUGAUCAUUUGUCUGAUAACGAAGACAUUAAGAAUUGCGGUUUAGAUUUAAAGUAUGCUGAAUUUACUGCUGUGCAUUUUUCUAAUAGCAAUGAAGCACUCAUAGAUACAGGUCAAGAUAAAAUAAGUCAAAACAUUGAAAAUAAUAAAGAUACAAACCAACCACAAAAUAAUGGAACUAGAACUGAUGAAACUGAUGAACCUAUAUUUCCUUGUGAAGAAUGUACUCUUUGUUUUACUACACAGACUGACUUGAAGGCACAUAGUAAAAUCCACUAUAAGUCAGGCCAAAUUGUCUGCAAAAUUUGUAAACAAGUAUUUUCCAGUCAAAGCACAUUAUGUAGACAUAUGAAAACACACAAUGGAGCGAGGAAGCAUGUUUGUAACGAAUGUGGUAAAGGAUUCACCAGAUCAGAUGAUCUUACAAGACAUUUGAGGACUCACACAGGUGAAAAACCAUUUAAAUGUGAAGAAUGUGGAAAAUCUUUUGCGCAAUCAUUUAGAUUAUUAGAACACACGAGAGCACAUGCGGAUAAAAAGACUUUUAUAUGUUCAGUUUGUGGGAAAGCAUUUUCGAGGUAUACCAGUUUUGCGGCUCAUAGUAAAACCCAUAGUGGUAUAAAGAAUGUUAUUUGUUCUGUUUGUGGCAAAGGGUUAUGUGGAACAGGGUCUUUAGCGAUACACAUGAAAACUCAUACUGGAAUUAAAGAUCAUAUAUGUCCAUUCUGUGGAAAAGGAUUUACUACACCUAGUAAUUUAAAUAUCCAUAAACGGAUACACACAGGUGAAAGGCCUUACGUUUGCAACGUAUGUGGCAAGGGAUUCCCCGACCUAUCUCGCCUUACCGUCCAUUCUAGAUUACACACAGGAGAAAAACCUUACGUUUGCUCAACGUGCGGUAGGGGUUGCAUAACUUCCUCUCAACUGAAGAAACAUAUGCGAAUACAUUCUGGAGAAAAGCCGUAUCUCUGUCAACUAUGUCCAAGAGCGUUCAUAAGGAGCGACGAUUUAAAAACACAUUUAAAGACUCAUACAGGUGAUAGAAGCCAUGUGUGCAGCUACUGCAAUAAAGGUUUCUUCCAGGCAUCGACUCUGAAAGUGCACAUGAGAAUACAUACUGGCGAAAAACCCUACGACUGCAAAAUAUGUAAUAUUUCCUUUUCUCAAACAGGUCCCUUAACCACUCACAUGAUGAAAGUUCACUGUCAUCGACUGAAGAAAGAAAAUGUAGAACAAAAUAUACAAGGCAGUUAAAUGUGUGAUAGAAACUGGUCUAUGACCUAAUUUUUUAACAAUUAAUUAAAAUGUGUUAUAUUAUUUAUUUUGCUCAACAGGCCCUGUAGCCCCUGGGCGUGACUACGCAAUUACAUUUUUUUACUAUACAUACAAUAUACAAUAUUUGUCUAUUAAAAAUACAUACAUUACAGUUCAUGGCACAUCCUUGUGUUACAAUUUCUCUUGCGCUCUUCUUAUCACUCCUCUCCAUUCUCUUCUGUCUAAUACCUUGUUUCUUCAGUUAUCUAUUUUUAACUCACGUAAAUCUGCUUGGACGCUGUCAAACCAUCUUUCCUGUUCAAUAUCAUCCUGGUCAAUCUAUAAUUUUCCAAUCAUUUCACAUGUCCCAGCCAUCUUAUUUCAUGCGCUUUCAUUAUUGCGGUAAUUUUUGGUUCCGUAUACAGCUCUUCCAACUCUUUGUUUGUCCUUCUUCUCCAUCCCAUUUGUGUAUUUGUGCCUCCGUAAAUUGAUCGGAGAAUUUUCCUCUCCCAUCUUUCUAAUCUUUCUUCAUCUGCCUUUCUCAAAACCCAUCAUUCAGGUCCAUAUACAACCGUGGCUCUAAUCACUGUCUUGUAAAUUCUUUCUUUUGUUUUUCUUGAAACAGACAGACUUCAUUAGGGAUCUCAGCAUUCCGUAUUUCUUGUUGCCCGUUGUAAUUCUGGAUUCUAUUUCUUUAUCUUCAUGUCCAUUUUUCUUUUUUUUUCACACCAAGGUAGGUAAUCUCUUCCACUCUGUCAAAAAUGUAUAUGUAAUCUUUCUCCCCUGGUAUUUUUAUAAACUCUUCAUUGUCUUGCUGUGUAUCCCCCCCAUUAUCAUGUAUUUCGUUUUCUUUUCAUUUAUCUUUCCUGAAUAUCAGUGGUUAGUUUUGCUAACAUUUCUAGUACUCGAUCCAUUUUAUCUUCCUUCGAUUUUUCUCCCCCUUCACCCCUCCGUCUUUUGGUUUGACUGGUAUCCGUAUCAUAUUCACUGUCACCCAUUUUUUUCUUUGUGCUAAACCUUCAAGACAGAAGAUCACGGUUCUAUAGCUCUUCUACUAUUGACCGGUCUACCCGUCAGAUCUCUAAUCACUAUCAGGACUACAAUUACCACUUUAUUUCGACUUCGAUUUUCGAAUUGGGAACGCCAGGAACGAUAAAACUAAAAAAUAAUCACGGAAAUAUAACGUUGAUAAAUUAAGGUGUAUUGAAACUGUAAACAGUUUCUUCUUCUUCUUUUUUAUUUCUGUCUUCACUUUUUCAUUUCAACACCUUGUCCUUUUCAAUUUUUAAUUACAUUUUUUGAUUCCACAUACUUCAGGCUGUUUUCUUUAAUACUUCCCUGUAAGUAUUCCAUCUUUCUUCCUUUCUCCAUGUUUCUUUUUGGCACUCUAUAUGUCUCAAAUUGAAGGUAGAGAAUGGAGAAAGUAGAGUUGAAGGUAGAAAUGAUAUAAAACUAGAACAGGAGGAAACUGAGCAGAUGACAGUUGUAGAUUAAUGAAAGAAGUCAGAGAAAUAAAAGGUAUAGAGUUAAGAUAACGAGGAAAGGUUUUUCAAGUAUAGACUCUUGUAUAAUUUAUACUUUAUAAAAGAAGGAUAUUGUUAUUGAUGACUUUUUAUUAAGAUUUAAUACAUUUUGAUUUUUUAACUCUUUUUUUGUGUAUAAGCGAAAUUCUUAAUUUUUAAACUAAUUAUUUAUUUCCAAAGUUAAAUAUUUGUAGGUAUUUAUGUUAAAAAGUGAUAAUGUUUUAUUUGAAAUAGAAUUUGUUUCUUGAA